GUCGUCAGCAUCAGCUGAUGCUCCGGGUAAAACGCUGUCACGCGGCUGCCAGCCGCUCAGUCUGCAGAGCGUCGGUGUCACGUGGGGCAGAUGCGCGCUUACAUCAUUUCCGCAGACAGCAUGGCGGCGGCGCUACGGAGGCUCAUCAGCGGCGGCAGAUUUGUGUGUCGGACGUGCUGGCAGCGCAGCCUGAGCACAGGGCGGGGCCUCAUCCCACGCCCCCGGCCCUUCGCUCUGCUGUUGGGGACCGGAGGUGGUUACCUCGGCUACCAGCACUACAAGAAGAGGUUUCAACAGGAUGAAGAGACGUCACCGCAUGUGGCCACGCCCACACAGGUGGCGCUCUACCGCUCCUUUCCAACUCGUUUCCUGUCCCGAGCCUGGGGUCGUCUAAACGAGAUGAAUCUACCCACCUGGCUCAGAAAACCCAUCUACUCUCUGUACAUCUGGACCUUUGGAGUCAACAUGCAGGAGGCAGCAGUGGAAGAUUUGCAUCAUUACAGAAAUCUAGGAGAAUUUUUCCGGCGGCGUCUUAAACCUGCCGUCCGCCCAGUAUGUGCGGCCUCUCACUUGACGUCUCCGGCUGAUGGAAAAAUUCUCCAUUUUGGUCGUGUGAAGAACUCUGAAGUGGAACAAGUGAAGGGGGUCACCUACAGUCUGGAGAACUUCCUGGGUCCACAGCCCAGGGAACAACUGGAUUCGUCCUCAUCAUCUUUUCGGGACGUCCUGCUGUCAUCUCCUGACACCGACCUUUUCCACGUGGUGGUCUACCUGGCUCCAGGUGACUAUCACUGCUUCCAUUCCCCUGCUGACUGGAAGGUGGAGCUCCGGCGGCACUUCCCAGGCUCGUUGAUGUCAGUGAACCCCGGUGUGGCUCGGUGGGUCAAAGAACUGUUCUGCCUGAAUGAGCGCGUGGUGUUGAGCGGCCAAUGGGAGCACGGCUUCUUCUCACUGACGGCGGUUGGUGCCACAAACGUGGGCUCCAUCAGACUGUACUUUGACCAGGAGCUGCAGACCAAUGCCCCCCGCUACAGGAAAGGUUCCUUCUAUGACCGCAGCUAUGUUGCCACAGACAACCAGGUGUUGCAGAGGACAAGCGAAGGAGGCGUGGCCUUACAGAAAGGUGAGGCCAUUGGAGAGUUUAACCUGGGAUCCACCAUCGUCCUGCUGUUCGAGGCUCCCAAAGACUUCGUGUUCAAGCUGCAGCCAGGUCAGCGAAUCAGAGUGGGCGAAGGCCUCGGCGCCCACUGAGGACUGAACACUCUGCGCACCAGAAACACAGGGAGGCCAUCAUGGGACAAAGACUCAGACUCCCAGAAUGCUUUAUGCCUCAUAAAAGGAUUUGCCAAACCUCUGUUGUGAAUGGGUCACUCCACAUGUUUCAGGAAACGAACCAGUUUGAAUGUUUGAAGCUUUAUUGUUCACCUGUUGAGUGGAGAGCUGAUUAAAACCUAACUUUAGGGGAUUUUAUGGAGACUUUUAUUCCUGACCAUUCAGCCUCUUGUUUUGUACAAAGGAAUGAAAUAAUAAUUAAAUGUU